CUCCCCGCUCCCUCCGGCUGCCAGGUGCCAGGGGGCAGCAGGCUGGCGCGGCGCCCCGGGGCCCUGCGGAGCGGCAUGGUACCCCUGGAUUGCAGCGGCCGUGGCGCGGCGCCAGAUCCCGGAGUGUAGGCAUUUGGGGGGCGGGGGAGGGGCGCGCCAGAAGGAGCCAGCGAGCCGGCGAGGAGCGCCGGGGAGAGGCAGCGCGCCGCGGGCACGGACCAGGGGGGCUGCGCGCGCGCGGGGAAGAUGUGAGCGCCCGGAGGGGGUCUGGCUGGUCCUCCGGAGCACCAUGCAGAAAGGGAUCCGGCUCAACGAUGGCCACGUCGCGUCCCUGGGGCUGCUGGCGCGCAAGGACGGCACGCGCAGAGGCUACCUGAGCAAGCGCAGCGCGGACAACGCAAAAUGGCAAACCAAGUGGUUCGCGCUGCUGCACAACCUGCUCUUCUACUUCGACAGCGACUCCAGCCCCAGGCCCUCCGGCCUCUACCUGCUGGAGGGCUGCGCCUGCGAGCGCGCGCCCUCCCCCAAGCCCGCGCUCGCCGCCAAGGAGCCGCCGGAGAAACAGCACUAUUUCACCGUGAACUUCAGCCAUGAGAACCAGAAGGCCUUGGAGCUGCGGACGGAGGAUGCCAAGGACUGUGACGAGUGGGUGGCGGCCAUCGCUCACGCCAGCUACCGGACGCUGGCCACGGAGCAUGAGGCGCUGAUGCAGAAGUACCUGCACCUGCUGCAGAUCGUGGAGACCGAGAAGACGGUGGCCAAGCAGCUGCGGAGGCAGAUCGAGGACGGGGAGGUGGAGAUCGAGCGGCUGAAGGCAGAGAUCGCGUCCCUGCUCAAGGACACGGAGCGGAUCCAGUCCACCCAGACCGCCACCGCCCCCAGCGACGAGGACAGCGACAUCAAGAAGAUUAAGAAGGUGCAGAGCUUCCUGCGCGGCUGGCUGUGCCGCCGCAAGUGGAAGACGGUCAUCCAGGACUACAUCCGGUCGCCGCACGCCGACAGCAUGCGCAAGCGCAACCAGCUGGUGUUCAGCAUGCUGGAGGCCGAGGCCGAGUACGUGCAGCAGCUGCACAUCCUGGUCAACAACUUCCUGCGGCCGCUGCGCAUGGCCGCCAGCUCCAAGCGGCCACCCAUCACGCACGACGACGUCAGCAGCAUCUUCCUCAACAGCGAGACCAUCAUGUUCCUGCACCAGAUCUUCUACCAGGGCCUGAAGGCGCGGAUCUCCAACUGGCCCACGCUGGUCCUGGCCGACCUGUUCGACAUCCUGCUGCCGAUGCUGAACAUCUACCAGGAGUUCGUGCGCAACCACCAGUACAGCCUGCAGAUCCUGGCGCACUGCAAGCAGAACCGCGACUUCGACAAGCUGCUCAAGCACUACGAGGCCCAGCCCGACUGCGAGGAGCGCACGCUGGAGACCUUCCUCACCUACCCCAUGUUCCAGAUCCCCAGGUACAUCCUGACGCUGCACGAGCUGCUGGCGCACACGCCCUACGAGCACGUGGAGCGCAACAGCCUGGACUACGCCAAGUCCAAGCUGGAGGAGCUGUCCCGGAUCAUGCACGACGAGGUGAGCGAGACGGAGAAUAUCCGCAAGAACCUGGCCAUCGAGCGCAUGAUCAUCGAGGGCUGCGAGAUCCUGCUGGACACCAGCCAGACCUUCGUGCGGCAGGGGUCCCUCAUCCAGGUGCCCAUGAGUGAGAAGGGCAAGAUCCCGCGGGGCCGCCUGGGCUCCCUGUCCCUGCGGAAGGAGGGCGAGCGGCAGUGCUUCCUGUUCUCCAAGCACCUCAUCAUCUGCACGCGGGGCUCGGGCGGGAAGCUGCACCUCACCAAGAACGGGGUGGUGUCGCUCAUUGAGUGCACCCUGCUGGAGGACCCCGAGAGCACGGAGGAGGAAGCCAAAGGGCCCGGCCAGGAGGAGCACCUGGACUUCAAGAUCGGGGUGGAGCCCAAGGAGGCCCCGCCCUUCACCAUCAUCCUGGUGGCCUCGUCCCGGCAGGAGAAGGCCGCCUGGACCAGCGACAUCAGCCAGUGUGUGGACAACAUCCGCUGCAACGGCCUCAUGAUGAACGCCUUCGAGGAGAACUCCAAGGUCACGGUGCCCCAGAUGAUCAAGUCGGACGCCUCGCUGUACUGCGACGACGUGGACAUCCGCUUCAGCAAGACCAUGAACUCGUGCAAGGUGCUGCAGAUCCGCUACGCCAGCGUGGGCCGGCUGCUGGAGCGGCUCACCGACCUGCGCUUCCUGAGCAUUGACUUCCUCAACACCUUCCUGCACUCCUACCGCGUCUUCACCUCCGCCGCCGUGGUGCUGGACAAGCUCAUCGCCAUCUACCGGCGGCCCAUCAGCGCCAUCCCCGCCAGGUCGCUGGAGCUCCUGUUCGCCAGCACCGGCCAGAACAACAAGCUGCUGUACGGGGACCCCCCCAAGUCCCCCCGCGCCGCCCGCAAGUUCUCCUCGCCGCCCCCGCUGUCGCUCACCAAGACCGCGGCCUCGCCCAUCCGCCGGCGCAAGCUGUCCCUCAACAUCCCCAUCCUCACGGGCGCGCUGGGCGGCGCCCCCGGCGGCGCCCCCGGCUUCGCCGCCGUGGCGCCCCUCGGCAAGGCCGCGCUGGACACCGGCAAGCUCUGCGUGGCCGGCGGCUUCGGCAGCAAGGCCGGCGCCGAGGCCGAGGCGGCCGAGAAGCCGGGGGAGCCCCUGGCCCCCGGCAGGCAGGGCCCGAAUCCCAAGGCCGGGGACCGCCCGGCGGACGUGAGGCCGUCCCCGCCCCUCCCGGGCUCCGGGGUCUCCGUGCGGGAGGAGUCGGACCCGGAGCAGAGCCAGAGCGAGGAGGCCGACCCCGAGACGUCGCCCACCAAGUCCCCGACGACACCCAAGCCCGUCAGGAGCAAAAACCCCUCAGAGUUCCCCCUGUUUUCCUACAACAACGGGGUGGUCAUGCGGUCCUGUCGCGAGCUGGACAACAGCCGCAGCGGCCUGUCGGCGGCCUCCGCCUUCGCCAUCGCCACCUCGGGCGCCAACGAGGGCACCCCCAACAAGGAGAAGUACCGGCGGCUGUCCCUGGCCGCCACAGGCUUUCCCGCGGACCAGAGGAACGGGGACAAGGAGUUCGUGAUCCGCAGAGCGGCUACCAACCGUGUCCUAAACGUGCUGCGGCACUGGGUGUCCAAGCAUGCGCAGGACUUCGAGACCAACAAGGAGCUCAAGAGCAAGGUGGUGGGCUUCCUGGAGGAGGUGACGCGCAACCCCGAGCUGCUGACCCAGGAGCGGAAGGCGGCCGCCAACAUCGUGCGGACGUUGACGCAGGAGGAUCCCGGCGACAACCAGAUCACACUGGAGGAGAUCACACAGCAGGCCGCGGGCGUGAAGGCGGAGCCCUUUGAGAACCACUCCGCCAUGGAGAUCGCCGAGCAGCUGACCCUGCUGGACCACCUGGUUUUCAAGAAGAUCCCUUACGAGGAGUUCUUCGGACAGGGAUGGAUGAAGCUGGAGAAGAACGAGAGGACCCCGUACAUCAUGAAAACCACGAAGCAUUUCAACGACAUCAGUAACCUGAUCGCCUCGGAGAUCGUCCGGAGCGAGGACGUCGGGGGCCGCGUGAGCGCCAUCGAGAAGUGGGUGGCGGUGGCGGACAUCUGCCGCUGCCUGCACAACUACAACGCCGUGCUGCAGAUCACCUCCUCCAUGAACCGCAGCGCCGUCUUCCGGCUCAAGAAGACCUGGCUCAAGGUCUCCAAGCAGACUAAAGGGCUGAUCGACAAGCUGCAGAAGCUCGUGUCCUCGGACGGCAGGUUCAAGAACCUGCGGGAGGCGCUGAAGAACUGCGACCCGCCCUGCGUGCCCUACCUGGGCAUGUACCUCACCGACCUGGCCUUCAUCGAGGAGGGAACCCCCAACUACACGGAGGACGGCCUGGUCAACUUCUCCAAGAUGAGGAUGAUCUCCCACAUCAUCCGAGAGAUCCGCCAGUUCCAGCAGACCGCCUACAAGAUAGAGCACCAGGCGAAGGUCACCCAGUACCUGCUGGACCAGACCUUCGUGAUGGACGAGGAGAGCCUGUACGAGACCUCUCUGCGCAUCGAGCCCAAGCUCCCCACCUGAGGCCGCCCCGCCCCCCGCGCCCCCGCACCCCCGCCCGCGCUCCCCGGGGGCCCCGGGCCA